AUGGGUCUCAGCCCCCAGCUAGCUGCCAUCCUGCUCUGUCUUCUAGCAUGUGCUGGGAACCGUACCCACGGAUGCAGCGACAAAGCCCUGAAAGAAAUCAUUCAUAUUCUGAACCAAGUCACAGAAAAAGGGACACCAUGCACCGAGAUGGUUGUACCAGACGUCCUUACAGCAAGGAAGAACACCACCGAGAAGGAGCUCAUCUGCAAGGCUUCCCAGGUGCUUCGCAAGUUUUAUUUCCCACAUGAGGUGACCCCGUGCUUGAAGAACAAUUCUGGGGUUCUCAAAGCCCUGAAGAGACUCCACAGGAGCAUCAGCAACCUGUCUCCACAGAGAAGCUGUACUGGGGAUGAGUCCACGCACACAACACUGAAAGACUUCUUGGAAAGCCUAAGACGGAUCAUGCAAAAGAAGUACUGGCAGUGUGGAAGUUCCACGUUUUAA